GUGCUUUUUUCCUCAGCCCGGCGGCCGCUGAGGUGUGAGGCGCGCGAUGCUGGUGACGCUGUCGAGGGCAGCGGCCUUGUGGAGAAGGGGCCUCCUUUCCGGCCGGGGCGGCGGCAGGGGUCUAUGGACAGGCCGUCCGCAGUCAGGCACUGACUAUUCGAAGCCAUUGGAAGGUGUAAAAAUUCUGGAUUUAACAAGGGUACUGGCGGGACCUUUUGCUACUAUGAAUUUAGGAGAUCUUGGAGCAGAAGUUAUAAAAGUGGAAAGACCAGGAAUUGGUGAUGACACACGAACUUGGGGUCCACCUUUUGUGCAAACAGAAAGUACAUAUUUUCUCAGUGUUAAUCGAAAUAAAAAAAGCAUAGCUGUUAAUAUCAAGGAUCCACAAGGGGUGAAAAUCAUCAAAGAGCUUGCAGCUGUUUGUGAUGUAUUUGUGGAAAACUAUAUUCCCGGAAAAUUGUCUGCGAUGGGCCUGGGCUAUGAAGAUGUAGACAAGAUUGCUCCUCACAUUGUCUACUGUUCUAUCACAGGCUAUGGCCAGACAGGUCCCAUGUCUCAGCGAGCUGGUUAUGAUGCCGUUGCCUCUGCUAUUUCUGGUCUGAUGCAUAUCACAGGGCCCGAGGAUGGAGAUCCAGUUCGUCCAGGAGUGGCCAUGACUGAUCUGGCUACUGGCCUAUAUGCAUACGGAGCCAUCAUGGCUGGCCUGAUACAGAGAUAUAGAAGUGGAAGAGGACUGUUCAUUGAUUGCAAUCUGCUAUCUUCUCAGGUGGCGUGCUUGACCCAGAUAGCUGCUAAUUAUCUUAUUGGUCAAAAAGAAGCCAAACGCUGGGGUACAGCUCAUGGCAGUAUUGUUCCUUACCAGGCCUUUCAAACCAAGGACGGCUAUCUUGUAGUUGGAGCAGGAAAUAACCAACAGUUUGCUACAGUGUGCAAGAUCUUGAAUUUGCCUGAGUUGAUUGAUGACUCCAAAUACAAAACCAACCAUCUUCGGGUACAAAAUAGAAAAGAACUUAUAAAAAUACUAUCUGCACGGUUUUCAGAAGAAAUAACCAAAAAGUGGUUAUGUCUCUUUGAAGGCAGUGGGAUUCCGUAUGGUCCGAUCAACAGUAUGAAGGAAAUAUUUGCAGAGCCCCAGGCACUGCCAAACUCAGAAGCAACUGUGUGAAGAAAAUGUGUGGAAACACUACUCAUUACAGGUUGGUUUAUAAAAAGAGUUGCAGAUUGAUAGGCCUUUGAAAAAUGUUUGGUGACACGAAACUCUUUCAGUCAGUUCCAAAUCUGGCAACUCUCUUGUUGUAUUCGAUUUUCUUUCCCUCACUUUCCUUCUCUUUCUAACAAAGACAGACACAUCCCUUUUCCUGCAUCCCAUUUUAGAUGACUGAUGGGAAAGUAAACACCAAAUAUGAGCAUGUGGGGAUGGUUUAUUUCUUUUAGCAUUGACUAGAAGGCAGUGUUGAAAAGGAGGCACUGCUGUCAUUUCACAAUGUAGGAAAUUUAGAAAAGGUGUUAGAGCUGUUUUAAAUAAUUUCUAUUUUUGGAUGAUGCCAUUCAUGAGGAUAUGUAGUCUUUCCUUUAUAGAAGGAAUUUGUUUAAAGUAUAUCUGAGAUCUUUUGGUGACAAAUAAACAAUGUGUUCAAAAGAAAGCCCUGUAACUUUUUCAUUAGAUGAUUCAUGCUUUAAAAUGUCAAAUGAUCAGAAAUGAAAGGCCCAGUGAUCGGGUCAUUAGAAACAUAUGGUUAUGGGGAUUAUUACGCAUUCUGACUCUAAAUAUGGAAGCUCAGUCCCUCCUAUUGUCCUUAAGAAGAUGGCAGAGACUUUUGUGUCUAUGCCUAGUUCUUUUUUUAUGUCUUAAACUCAGUGCCUAUUUUAUGUGAGAGAUAGCACUACAAAAUGGAUAGAUAUAAGACUAUGUGAGGAUGCCUGGGUUCAGGAACAGUGAAUCCACGAACUUAUUCAUGGUGACUUGAGAAAGCCACUUACCCUAUUUUUACCUCUGUUUGCUAAUCUGGAAAAUGAAAAUAAUGUGCAUAUUUACCUGAAAGACUGUAGUGAAGAUUAAAUGAGAUAAUAUGUAUAAUGCCUAUUGAAUAGCCCCUGGCACACAUCCAGUGUUAAAGCAAUGUUGAAUUUCAUAUUUACUUUGGUUAAACUUCUUGCCUUAUUGUUUUCACCAGGGAGGGAAGAGUAUGACAGCAAUGAUGUAAAUUGUCAUCUAGGAGAGCACAUGGGAAUGGUUUAGGCUUGAAAUGGCUUAAAUAUUAUGGAUUUAAAUGGUUACCUUUAAGAAUAUUGAAGAUGUGUUAAACAAGAUACAUUGUAUUAGCAAACUGCCUAGUUGAAUGGCAAAUCCUUUGUAUAACUACUUAAAGAUAAUAAAAUAGAAAAGAAAAGAAAAUUGAAAAUGUGAUAUUUUGGCCAUCAAUUUAAAAAUAGAUAAGCAUAUUAGAAAUCAUGCUUUAUUAUCAUGAUUUUCUCCUAUCUUAAGAAUGGAAAAUUCUGUUUUAGGCCAGUAGAUUUUGGAGUCUUUUAUUUAGUGAGUUCUGUGAUAUGUAUUUGUUUCUGUUCUAUUUUAUCUGAAGCAAUGUAAAGACUGUGCCAAAGAAGG